AUGCUUGUUUUGUCCAACAAGCUGGCCUUUCCCCAUCGGCAUCCUCAGUCUUGUUCAUAUGUAUUUAAACAUGUAAACACAAGCGAGAGGCUUGAGUCGAUUCCCCGCCCCUCUCCGGUCGAUUCGAUCCCCGCAGUCACUCUCUGGAUCGAAAUCUAUCGAAAUACACCUGCAAGGCUGUCACCCCCCCUGUCACAGCUCUCGGCCCCUUGCCCCUAUAAAAAGCCCCAGGACUACUUGGCUGGGGAGUUGUCCCCCGGCGAGAAAGACGAAACGAUGAACAGCCAACCUAUCAUCCAACAGAUACUCAACACCACCUCAGCACUGCUACCUUCGCUACAGUCCUGGGAACAGUUCAGGCUUGAAAACAAGAUCGAACAGAGCCAUCUCUACUCGGGCUCAAACCUCGAUUCCCUGUCGAUCUUCGAGCAGCUCUGGUUGAGAUGGUACCUCUACUUCCCCAACCCGAUCAUCGCAACCGGAGUCAUGAGCUUCCUCAUCCACGAGGCUAGUAGUCCCUAUAUCCUAAGGCCAGCAUUCGAUAAAUACAAGUUACAACCCAAUAAAAUGGCCAGUCGAGAAGAUCAAUGGAAAUGCAUCAAAUACGUCCUCUGGACACAUUUCACAGUUGAAAUCGGACAGAUCUGGGGUUUUCAUCCUCUGGCAGAAUACUUUGGUAUGGCCACUCACUCGGUCCCGUUCCCGUCGAUCUCCACGAUGGCCUAUCAAAUCAUAUUGUUCUUUGUCUUUGAAGAUUUCUUCCACUAUUGGGCCCAUCGAGCAUUACAUACUGGUCAACUGUACAAAAAGAUCCACAAACUUCACCACGAGUUCUCAGCCCCAUUCGGUCUGGCUGCUGAAUAUGCACAUCCACUCGAGAUCCUCAUCCUGGGUAUCGGGACAAUCGGAGGCCCGUUACUCUGGUGCGUACUCACGAAAGGAAACCUCCACAUUUUGACGAUGUACAUUUGGGUUAUCCUUCGGUUGUUCCAGGCUGUGGAUGCUCAUUCGGGCUACGAUUUCCCCUGGUCAUUACGCAACAUCUUGCCCUUCUGGUCUGGGGCCGACCAUCACGAUUACCAUCACGAAAAGUUCGUCGGAUGUUACUCAACAAGCUUCAGGUGGAUGGACCACUUCUUCGGCACCGACAAGGGAUAUCACGAAUAUCGCAAAAAACAAAAACUUGCUAAACUUAAUAAGGAGAAAACUCAAUGA